GUUGGUAGUGUUUUAUUUAUGUUAAUAAAAAACACUAUUUGAGAACAAAUUUGCUAUUUAAUUCUCCAAGAUGAAUGUUGAACCAAAUUAUUAUAGCAAUUCAUCAUCUUCAGAUGAGGAAGAGGAUGAUGAUAUGUUUUUCCUACUAAUGUUUGUUGAGAAUAAAAACAACUAUAUUCCUAAGGAGCCUCAACGUAUCUCUAUGUUGACUGGUGAUGCAUUUAUAAAAGAGAUAUUGAACGGCAAUCCUCGAACAUGUUAUGAGUUAUUCCGCAUGGAUAGGCCAACAUUUACAAGUCUAUGUAACUAUUUGAGAACACAUAAAUUCUUAAUAAACUCACGCUGGAUCACAGUGGAGGAGGCAGUUGGUAUGUUCCUAUUAAUAGUGGGACAUAAUGUGAGGAUGAGGGUAAUAGCAGAUCGUUUUCAACACUCAAUUGAGACAGUGGACAGUCAAUUUAAGGAAACUGUAAGAGCCAUAUGCCACCUGGGAAAAUUCAUUAUAUGUCAUUCUCAAAGCAAUGAAGUGCAUCCACAUAUUGCUAACAAUACCAAGUUCUUUCCAUAUUUCAAGAAAUGUAUAGGCGCAAUUGAUGGAAUAUAUAUCAGUGCAUGAGCUCCAAAAUCAAAGCUAGUUAGCUACAGGAAUAGAAAGGCCACAAUCACCCAUAAUAUAAUGUGUGCAUGUGAUUUUGAUAUGAAGUUUACAUUUGUUUACACGGGUUGGGAGGGUACAACCAAUGACUCACGAGUACUCUUAAAUGCACUUCAAAGGCCAGAAAAUAAUUUCCCAUGGCCUCCAUCUGGUAAGAUAUAUUGUUGCCUCACUUACAUAUUUACAAUUUUCAAGUUUAAUCCAUUCACCAUGUCAUACUUCUCUCUAUCUUAUUAUUAUUUUUUGUUAGGUGGCUAUUAUUUAGUGGAUUCUGGUUAUCCAUGCAACUUGGGGUUUCUACCUCCGUAUCGUAUUGAGAGAUACCAUCUAUGAGACUUUCGAGGUGGGGAUCAUCUUGAAGGUGCUAAAGAGCUUUUCAAUUAUAGACAUUCCUCUCUUCGUAAUGUAAUUGAAAGAUGUUUUGGCGUUUUAAAGGCACGAUUUCCAGUAAAAAAUGAUGCCCGUUAUAAACCAUGUUGACAAGGGAAUGUGAUGAGAGCUUGUUGUACAAUUCAUAACUUCAUUCGAAUGACAACAAGAAAUGAUCGCUUGUUUACUCAAUUCAAUAUUGAUAACCUUACUGUUUAAGGUGAAGGUAGAGAUAAUUCAGGUGAGCCAUCGCACACUGUUGACUUAAUUGAUCAAGCCGCUGAAGCUAUGGCAGCUUAUAGGGAUCAGAUCAUAGGAUAGAUGUUGGCAAAUAAUAGGCAUCAUUGAUGCCACAUUUUUUUUUUUUUUUGGAUGAAAUUGAUUCCCUGGCAUUGAUGCCAUAUACUAAACUUUUUAGUUAUUGAUUAUCUUUUAUAAC